AGAAAGCCGGCUUAGUGAUGCCUUGACCUCUAUCUCUCCAAAGCUUGGUACAGCCCUGCUUUGACACUCGCUCGUUAGACAUCUCUCAAUGUUUAUUUCUCAAUUAAGCUUUUCUUCGUUACGGAGUAUCCCCUCUUUACCAACCCAAUAGGCUCCUGGUGCUUUCAGAGCUCGGUGGAAGACUCCAGCUCUAGCUUUUUGUCAAAACUGUGCGUAAAGCCCUGACUGGGUUUGCCUCAAUCUUCAUUUUACUAGCUUUUACUGUCUUUUACUGUCCUUUACUGACUUUUACUUUCUUUUAUAAAGCCCUCUGGCCCAUAUUUUCCAUCAUCGAUCCGAUCUUUCUCUUCGACGUUUACAAAACGCACGGCACUCUUCGCAUCCCACGCGACCGCUAUAUACCCCCUCCCAAGAACAAAUUUCAGCUCCUUGCGGUUCGCUGCUGAAUAUUUGAAGAAAAGGCAAGAUGUCUGACACAUCCGACCCGAUACCGUCACUCAUCAUGAACUCCGAGUCUCCUUCUACGGAGACUGUGGACACAGGGGACAUCUCCCCUGAACGGCUUCCGCGGGGGGAGAUGCCCAGGAAGCCGCCGGUGUCCAUGUUCAACGUCUCGAAUCAUGCCACUGUCGCCACAUCGACUGAAGAAAGCUCCCGAGAAUCUGUAAGCAGACUUGGCAAACAAGACAUGGCUUGUCUUCUUCGGCUACAUGGUUCCCAUGCUAACACAAAACUACAGUCAGUCUCCCGCAACGCCAUCGUCGACAAUGCUUUUCCCCCAACUGAACUCGAGGAAAAUCGCGUUUCAUUGAACUCAUUCGACUCCGACCUUUCCUUUUCAUCCUCUAUCACCCAAGAAGAGGCAAAGUUGCGGUGGGACUCGGAGGAAGAGCUCCAGAAAGUCUCCAAAAAUCUGCUCCGGACUCAAAAAUGGUGUCUCAUUCUGGGUUUGGUUAUCAUCAACGGCGGGCUGAUCUACGCCGCCGUGACAGUCCACCAACUGUACUACCUCUUUCUCGUUCUUCUUAGCUCAAACACCACACUUCAAGCUAUUAUGAUGAUUUGCAUCAUCACGAGUACCAUGUUGAGGCGCUGUCUGCCUUGUUGGUUUGCUAGAAAAGAACGUACCCCCCCUGAUCCCGAGAGGCUGGUCCUGCUGCUGCCCUGCUACAAUGAAACCCGCGAUGAGUUGACCCGGUCCCUUGACUCUCUCGUGGACCAAAAGGAGAUUGAUAGCCACCCCAAGAUCAUCUUCAUCAUCGUUGACGGUAAUGCUCGUGGCCCAGGCAUGGAGAAGACCACGCAGGAAUACCUGCUCGAGGACAUUCUGGGUGAAGGUCAUUUCCGCCGCUUCGACAAUGGAUACCGUGCCCGAGAUGGUCUUUUCAUGCCGGUCAAUGUUCAAUAUGGCUACUACAAGGGUCUGCCGUAUGUCUUUGUUGGCAAGAGCUACAACCAGGGCAAACGUGACAGCUUGUGCUUCGUCCGUUCGUUCUUGUAUCACUUCAAGAGGCGCUCUGCGAACAUGGUGACCAUGUUCAACAAGACUCUGUACGAUUACAUUGGCACUAUUUUCGUCCAGCAUGGCAUGGACACGGUCGACUACCUCGUUGGCAUGGACGCCGACACUGUCUUUGAUGAGUUCUGCAUCAUUGAGAUGCUCCGCGAGAUCCGUUCGAAUGACAAGCUGGUUGGUGUUUGCGGCCACGUCUGCGUCGACUUUGAUGGCAAGCCAUUCAAUCCCUGGGCUCUCUAUCAGUCGGUUGAGUACUCGCAGACCCAAGGUCUGCGACGCAUGUUCCAGUCUCGCAUCACGGGCAAGGUCAACUGCUUGCCCGGCUGCUGUCAGCUGAUCCGUGUCGAUGAGUCGACGUUUGGCGACGAGGUUCUUCGUGAGCGCUUUGGAUACUGUCCCAAGCCCAACGACACGAUGACGUCGCACAUCUUGGGCAACUAUUCUGAGGAUAGUAUCCAUGCGGCCAUCAUCUUCAGCCUUUUCCCCAAGAAGCAGACUGCCCAGGCCCUACGUGCCAAGGCAUUUACCAUUGUGCCGACCAACCUCAAGGUGUUCUUGUCACAGCGCAAGCGCUGGGCCCUUGGUAGCAUCUCAAAUGAGUUUGUCAUGCUGUUCAGGAAGGGUAUUAUCUUCCCAGAGAGGAUACAAAGCUUCGUAGCCGUAAUGACAUGGGCCAUUACGCCUUUCAUCGUGGCCGCCGUCGCUGAGCUCAUUAAGCUGCUCAUCACGGACGGCCGUGUGCUAUUGCGUAACCCUAUGUUUCUCGGCCUCCUCUCUGUUUUGGCUUCUCGCUACGUAUACUCGUUCUGUGUUGGCUUCUGGCUUCCCCGAAAUUGGACGGAACGUGGCCAGUAUUUUGUUGGUUUCUUCCUACAUCUCCUAGUCUCGCCUUUUGCAAAUAUGAUCAUCAUGGGUUACUCCCUCUUCAAUUCGGAUGAUUUCAAGUGGGGAAAGACCAGAGAAGUGAUUCAAAGAGAUGAGGACGCCGCUGAAAAGGGAGCGGGUGGGGUUACAGACGCUCAUUAAAUUGACGGGGAAUGGAUUGUGCAAUGCAUCAGCAUGAAAGCAUGAGCUGGCUCCGACUGAAGGAUAUCAAGGAUUCUCGGACCUUCGGUCACUUUGGCCCUCCAGUAGAUUUGGUCCGGCCCCGGAUAGAUCUGCUAGUAGGAGGAUGUUGCCGAUAUAGUCUGCCGUUCAUAUUUGCUUUUGGUUUGGCGUGCGGUUCUUCUUGUGUCAUACUUGAGACGGCUGUCGUACUCUCAUUGUUUAUUUCAUAUACUCAAAACAAUGCUUUGUGGCAUUUGGGUAGCAUUAAUAUCAGGUUGAUUAGAUGUGUGCAUGUGUUGUUUCUAGUGUCGAUAG